UUCAUCUCAUCUCAUCUUGCCUUACUAUCUCGUACCUACCUACCCGAAGACGAGGCAAGCACCUCGGAAUCCAAUGCAGCUUUUGUCGUUGUAUUCGUAAAGGGCACUGCGUAUUCGCGCGUUCUUCUCGCCAUUGCAGACACUGCAAGUCAGGCUGCAAACACGAGCUGUGCCGCAAUUCAUCGCAUCUCUGACUGCCCACCUGCAUUGAACACUGAAUGCUCCAGAUCAAAACAAACGGCCGCUUCUGAGCAACAUCGCUUCCAAAAGAAAGAAAGAGAAAAAAAAAAAGGGGAAUCCUCGCUCAUUUAUCCAUCCACUCGCCGCCUUCCCCGAGUCCCUCCCUUCUCCAACACUCACUUUUCGGGCCUAGCACAACAGCCCGCGUCAGUAAGCCGCCAUUCCCACUUGAGCACGCAUCCGACCUGCAAGAAGGAUUCCGAUCCUGCACACACCCACGAGUAUCCGUACGACAUCUCCAACCAGCGGCCUAUUCCCCCCUUGCGGUUUUGGCGGUUUACCCCCUUGUCCCUGGGUAGAUUAGCGCCAUCUGUCAAGGAGCAACGCAACGCCAAGCUCGCCAAGCUCCCGCCGUCUUUGCCUUCUGGCGUCCUUUUUGCCGCCAAACCCAAUUUCGAGUCGACUCGAGUCGAGUUCCCUCUUCUGUGUAGCCGGUACGGCUAG